UUAUUUAGAAGGUGAUCCGGAAGUUGUUAUGCUAACGUAUGCUAGAGCUAUGUUGCCUACCAUUCAACGCUUUGCAGAUAACAUGUUGGAUAGCUCUAAAAGCACCAAUAUAUGGUGUAACCGUAACAAAUAAAAAUGAAACGACACGAGGAUAUUUCGAAUUAUUUAUGAGUGAACGCAUGUCAGUCGGGUACUUUCCGUCCAAGGAAUAUCAAUGUUGAGGUGAUUCACCAUUUGAACGAUGGGCUCAGAGAACCCCGAGGAUUUGAGCCCUGUCCUGUUGCUGGUUGAAGAUCAGCAAGAAAUAGGAGGACUGAUUAACUCAGACGGGGAAGAGGUGGAUUUUUCACAGCUAAGCGAGCGGGUCAGCAGCAGCUUCGUGGAUGAGGAGUCAAGUGCAUUCGAUCCAUGCGAAAAUGGGAAGUUCCCGGCCACCACGCACACCUGCUCAGUGUGUGGGAAAGACUUCCCCUACGCCUCCAAGCUCCAGCGCCACCUACGGACCCACUCGGGGGAGCGGCCCUUCCCCUGCAACGUGUGCGAGAAGAGGUUCCCCGAGAAGGGCCUGCUGAUGAUCCACGAGCGGGUGCACACGGGGGAGAAGCCCUUCCCCUGCCCCUUCUGCGAGAAGCGCUUCGCCAGCCAGGGGGAGCUGCGGCUGCACAAGCGCACCCACACCGGGGAGCGGCCGUACCACUGCACCAUCUGCCUCAAGAGCUUCUCCCGCCACUGGCACCUGAAGACGCACCUGGACGCCAUGCACUCGGAGGUGGUGGCCGGCUUCACCAGGAAGAAGUUCCCGUGCGCCGAGUGCGAGAAGAGCUGCAACUCGGCGGCGGAGCUGCGCGACCACCGGCGGACGCACACCGGCGAGCGUCCCUACCAGUGCUCGUUUUGUGACAAGCGCUUCGCCCUGUCGGGCACGCUGGUGCGGCACGAGCGGCUCCACACGGGCAUCACGCCGUACCGCUGCUCGGACUGCGGCAAGACGUUCGCCCAGCAGUGGACCCUGACCACGCACAUGCGCACCCACACGGGGGAGAAGCCGUACAGCUGCACCCAGUGCGACAAGUCGUUCAUCGCGCCGGGCGAGCUGAGGAGGCACACCCGGAUACACACCGGGGAGAAGCCUUACGCCUGCGGCCACUGCGGGAGGCACUUCUCCUUAGCGGGAACUCUUAGGAACCACAAGCGCUCGUGCACUCAGGCCAAAAGCACGCCCAGCCCCGGUGUCUCGGUGGAUACGGCUAUCGCCGCGGAAACCGAUCAACCAGAGCUGGUGAGCUCCAGCUCUCCAGAGGCUUUGCACAGCCAGGGUACGGCAAGCGAGGACCCCUCUUCCGAGGAUCCUCACUCAGACGUUGGGUCUCGGUGUGAGGUUGAAGUCAUUGAGGACCGGAUGGAAGACGUCGCCUCCAGCCCACUAGUGAAUGUGAUAGUGAAAGAAGAGGAGCAAGAGGAACCCCUAUGUGUAGAGGGCCUUGACCCUGAUGGCUCUAGCUGUGAAGAAUGUCCUCUCCCGGAGCUCAGCCCAGAAAUCCGAAUCACAGUCAAGGAUGAACAGGAUGAACAGGAGGAACAGGACGAUCAGGAAGGAGAAGCCAAUAACUCCACGGAAGAGGACACCGGUCACGUGGUCUUCGUUGAGGAGAGCGGUCCCACAUCACCCAUACAGUGCCCAUUCAAAACCAAAACCACCUACUGCUGCGGGCUGUGUGGCCGGGACUGCCACAAGCUCUCGGCUCUGCAGAUACACAUGCGGAUUCAUUCGGGGGAGAAACCGUACCAGUGCUCUCUCUGCGGGAAGCAGUUCACGCAGAAAGGUCAGCUCAAGGGUCACCAAAAAGUCCACACAGGAGAAAGGCCCUUUUCGUGCCCGGACUGCGGCAAGAGCUUUGCACACUCGGGGGCCAUGAACAGACACCGGCUGACGCACACCGGGGAGAAGCCCUACCGCUGCUCCCUAUGCGAGCGGAGCUUUAACCAGUCGGGCCGCUUGAGGGAACAUGAGAAAAUUCACUUUGGGGAGAAGUUUGACUGUCCCGAGUGCGACAAGAGUUUCACCAGGGCGUCGAGUCUCAAGAACCACUUCCGGCUGCACACCGGGGAGCGGCCGUACCGCUGCGACCUGUGCGGGAAGGGCUUCAGUCGGUCCCAGAGCCUCAGACUUCAUAGACGCAAACACGGGCAGCCUCACACCGAGGAGGAGGAGGAGGAGGAGGAGGCGGCGUCCAGUGGGAAGAACGAAGACGAUUCCUCCCAGAGUGACACCGCCUCUCCGCUAGAUAUGAGUAUAACAGAACAUCAUUACUGAGAUGAAUGCAGAGACAUUUAUAUAAACAAUAGAACUAAGGUGAUUGUUGUUUGAAAGGUCAUACAGUUUCCAAGAUUUUAGGCAUUGGACCUUCAUAAUCCAUAAUUGAUGCAAUCUGCCUCACAGUGUUUUAAACAUGGGACUUGACUAAGAACUGUGGCAACCACCUAUAUGGGAAAUACUGUAAACAUUACAUGGCAAAGUUAUGGUUUGCCUGUGUGUCUGAUCUGUGCCUGUUCUGUACCUAAUAUAUGUUCUGUUGAUCAACUGAAUCACUUCCUUUAUGUUAUGCCCUGUGUUGAUCCAAAUUUGCUUUAUUAACUUUAUUCUUAUUGAAUCAGUUAUGUAAAUGUCACAUUGUCGGCCAGGCCAUGAGAGGGGAAGUGGUUAAGCAGGUGAAAUAAUAUUAAUUAUGAUAAUUAUUAAACAAUUCCCUAUCAAGGUAUUUGUCACAAACACACCUAUCAUCGGCAUAACAAUGGUAAUCUGAAAACAGCCUUUCAAGUCGAGUCACCAAGUCUCAUGAAAUACAUCUAUGUUGUAAGGCAGGCAGCUGUGCAUUAAUUAUGUAUUGUGGACAGGUAAUAGGCAGGGAGAUUAUUAACGAAUCAGCCUCUGUGUUAAGCUGAGCAUAACACAAUAAAACACUGGUUUGCCUGAAGAGCCGUAGGAUUUCCGUGAUGUUCAUAAUUAUCCACUGACCAAUGUGAAUUUCUAUCUAUAUUUCUGAAUAUGGGAUAUAAACAGAAGGAUAUUAAUAGAAAAUAGAAAAAAUAA